AUGGCUCCCAAAAAACUCAUCUCCCUCCUCUUCUUCGCUCUCUCCAUCUCCGCAGUGCCAGCCACGUUGCUGCCUGCUCGAGGGUCACCGCGAGACGACUCCCUACGUGCCGUCGAGAAGCGUGCCACCUGCUCUAACGGCGCCUCCGUCAGUGACCAGUCGUGUUGCGUCUGGGUCGACGUCCUAGAAGACAUCCAGGAAAACCUCUUCAGCGGCGGACAAUGUGACGCUGAGGCCCACGAGUCCCUCCGUCUUACCUUUCACGACGCAAUCGGGUAUUCUUCCGCGCUAGCAGCCGAGGGCAAGUGGCCUGGUGGAGGCGCCGACGGCUCCAUCCUCGCGUUCAGCGACACAGAAACUGCCUUCUCGGCGAACGCCGGUCUCGACGAUAUCGUCGAACUCCAGAAGACUUUCGUCGAGAAGCACAACGUUUCUCCCGGCGACUUCAUCGCCUUCGCUGGUGCGGUCGCAACGAGCAACUGCCCGGGUGCUCCGCAGAUGCCCUUCCUCGCUGGCCGCGCUCCCCCUACCCAGGCUUCUCCUCCUGACCUUGUCCCCGAGCCUUUCGAUUCUGUCAGCAAGAUCCUUAACCGCGUCGACGAUGCCGGCGGGUUCGAUGAGGUAGAUCUCGUAUGGCUGCUUGCUUCCCAUUCCAUUGCUUCCUCCAACGAAAUCGAGCCAACCAACGAGUCCUUCGCGUUCGACACCACUCCUCACACUUUCGACUCCCAAUUCUUCGUUGAGACUCUGCUUGUCGGCACUGGCUUCCCUGGCUCCUCUCGCGCUCGGGGCGAGGUCAAGUCGCCGUUCCCAAAUCAGAUACGUCUUCAGUCCGACUUCGCCAUCGCGCGUGACCCGCGCACGUCCUGCGAGUGGCAAAACUUCGUCAAUAACCAGACAAAGAUGAUGAAAAACUUCCAGUCCGUCUUCCAAAACCUUACGCUGAUCGGCCAGAACGUGGACCAGCUCACCAACUGCUCGGACGUCAUUCCAAUCUCUACGCCGCUCCCUACCAAUCGUCCGGUCUCGUACUUCCCAUAUGGGAAGACCAUAAACGAUAUCCAGCAGAGUUGCGCGACCGCGCCCUUCCCGAACCUUACGACGUUCUCUGGUCCCGAGACUUCGGGUACGAACGUACGUGCCUGCCAACGACCGCGAAGGCACCUUGGCUGA